AUGUCUACAAUAAACAUUGAAAGUUUAAUUUCAGCUGUCCAAAGCCGCCCAAUGCUAUGGCAGGACACCCACAAAGAUCACAAAAAUAAAAAUGUCACCGAUAAAGAGUGGGAAAAAGUUGGACAAAUUUGUAAUUGUUCUGGAGCCAAUGUAAAACUAAAGUGGAAAAACCUAAAAGACACUUUUCGAAGGGUUCUUCGAAAAGCUCCACGUCCAGUAUCGGGAUCCGAAGCUCCACCAACAAAACCGAAAUGGCCAUUUUUUGAAAUGAUGGCCUUUACGAGGCAGACAAUUGAACCCGAUCCAACUGAGGGAAAUCUUCGAGAACCAGAAAGUUAUUCAAUGGCUCAAAAUCGUUUUUUCGCAGAAACAAUAUCAGAUUUACUGGAAGAAGAGGAUGUAACCCUUUCAAGUGUCAAUAUGCUUACAAAAAGCACUCCUUCUACGAGCACCAGCUGCCCCCAAAACGUGCGAAAAAAUAAAAAUAAGAGAGCGUCAACAUACAAUUUGGAGUCAGAAUUUCUCGAGUUAGAAAAAGAAAGACUACAAAUUUUAAAGAAAGAGGUAGCAAAAAAAGAAGAGGAUAGUGAUGACCUUCAAUUUUUCAAAAGUCUUUUGCCAUUUAUGGCACAAUUUAACAAUUUUGAAAAACUUGAGAUAAGAACUGACAUUCAAAAUAUUAUAUUGGAUAAACUGAAGAAUACAAAUAAAGAUUAAAAAAAUUAAAAAAAAA